UUCAGUAUUUUCCUUGCCAUAUGGACUGAUAACGCUUGCAUGCUGGGAGUGGCUUUCGGAAAUUUCGUUAGACCGGAACUGACACAUUUCUCGACCAACAGGAAAGCUGUCGUAACACAGCUUCCUCUCGUCAUACAUAGCCAUUAACUGGGGAGUAUUGUGCCGCUGCAGUUUUCUUUUAACAGUCUAACAAGUACCUUGGUUGUGGUUCAAAACCUUCAGUUGCCUGCUGAAAGUCCAGAUAAAGUAUCUUGUGUUGCUGUAGAGAGUAUAUUGCCAUCAAACAAUUGAAUAGUUUGUGCAAUGCAAAAUAAUUCCAAUAGCCAAGAGUUGGCACCCAUUACCUUGAAAUGGGAUCCAAAAAAUUUGGAAAUCAAAACAAAGUCGGUCGAACGCACGUUGGAGCCAUUAGUUAUCCAGGUUACUACACUAGUUAACACAAAAGGCUCUUCUAAGAAGAAGAAAGGUCGUUCGAAAAGGGCUCAUGUACUUGUCGCGGCUGUAGAGAAAGCAACAGGCAAUUUCAUCGAACGGGGUGAGCAGAUUGCUUAUGAAAACCCAGAUAUUCAGCAAGAAAUGUUGGCAGCAGUCGACGAAGUUCGAAAAACAGGCGAGACCAUGAGUGUGGCUUCGCGUGAAUUUGCCGAAGAUCCGUGUUCCUCGUUAAAGCGUGGGAACAUGGUUCGAGCAGCCCGUAACUUGUUGUCCGCUGUAACUCGUCUUUUAAUCCUUGCGGAUAUGGUAGAUGUCCACCGUCUACUUAAAUCUCUUCGAGUAGUUGAAGAUGACCUUGAACGUUUACGUGGAGCUUCAAGUCAAGCUGAAUUAGAAGAAGGUAUGCGAAUGUUUGGGAGAAAUGCUUCUGAGCUAAUGGCACAAGCCGCCCGCCGCCAACAAGAACUUAAAGAUCCAGCUCUUAGAGAUGAUUUGGCCGCUGCUCGGGCUGUGCUUAAGAAACAUUCGAUGAUGCUCUUGACGGCAUCGAAGGCUUUUGUCCGUCAUCCUGAACUAGCAGCAGCAAAAGCUAACAGAGACUAUGUUUUAAAACAAGUUUGCCAGGCUGUAAGCGCCAUAUCGGAUGUAGCACAAGGAAAAAGCACUGUUGGGAAUCCGGCUGUUCAGAUGCCGUACGAUGGUCCUGGUGAACUGGCUGCUGCUCUCGAUGAUUUUGACGAAAGAAUUAUCAUGGAUCCAUUGGCAUACAGUGAAAUUCGCACUCGCCCUUCACUGGAAGAAAGGCUUGAGAGCAUAAUCAGCGGGGCGGCCUUGAUGGCGGACUCGUCCUGCACUCGCGAUGAUCGACGCGAGCGUAUCGUAGCAGAAUGCAAUGCAGUGCGCCAAGCACUUCAAGACCUUCUCAGUGAAUACAUGUCAAACAUGGGCAAAAAAGAUCGCAGUGAAGGAUUGGAUCGUGCGCUUGAUCACAUGUGUCGCAAGACUCGUGAUCUGCGUCGUCAGUUGCGUAAGGCAGUAGUUGACCAUGUCUCGGACUCCUUUUUAGAGACCAAUGUACCACUUUUGGUAUUGAUCGAGGCAGCUAAAUCUGGCAACGAGAAGGAAGUGGAAGAAUAUUCUCAGGUCUUUCUCGAGCAUGCCAAUAAAUUGGUUGAAGUGGCUAACCUAGCGUGCUCUAUGUCGGGCAACGAAGACGGCGUUAAAAUGGUUCGUUAUGCCGCAUCUCAAAUUGAGGCACUUUGUCCACAAGUAAUCAACGCAGCACGCAUUCUGGCAGCUCGCCCGCGCUCCCGCGUGGCUCAAGAAAACAUGGAUAUUUUCCGUGAUGCCUGGGAAAACCAAGUCCGUAUAUUAACGGACGCUGUUGAUGAUAUCACAACCAUCGAUGAUUUUUUGGCAGUCUCCGAAAACCACAUACUGGAAGACGUCAACAAAUGCGUCCUCGCCCUUCAAGAAGGCGAUCCCGAUUCACUGGACAGAACAGCUGGUGCCAUUCGUGGUAGAGCGUCGCGCGUGGCUAAUGUUGUUACGGCGGAAAUGGACAAUUAUGAACCUGGCAUCUAUACGGAGCGCGUUCUAGAAGCUGUCAAAGUUUUGCGCGAUCAAGUUAUGCCCAACUUCGCCCAAAAGGUUGAAAUGGCUGUUGAUGCAUUAUCGAGCAAUCCUCCGCGUGAUGUUGACGAAAAUGAAUUCAUCGAUGCCUCUCGCUUGGUUUACGAUGGUGUCCGUGAAGUUCGUCGCGCUGUUCUCAUGAAUCGUGCGGACGAGGAACUCGAUCCUGAAGAGGUAGAACUGGAUGAACAGUACACCAUCGAUACCCGCAGCAAAUCAAGCAAUCAUACGCUAGAUUACAUGGUGGAUGAGUAUCCAGAUAUCAGUGGCAUCACCACAGCCCGGGAGGCUAUGCGCAAACUUAAAGAGGAAGAUAAGGCUAAGAUUGCUCAGCAGGUGGAGUACUUCCGCACAGAAAAACUGAAAUUUGAUCGAGAAGUGUCGAAAUGGGAUGAUUCUGGCAACGAUAUUAUUGUACUGGCCAAACACAUGUGCAUGAUUAUGAUGGAGAUGACGGAUUUUACUCGAGGACGUGGACCGCUUAAGACCACCAUGGAUGUCAUUAACGCUGCUAAGAAAAUUUCCGAAGCUGGAACGAAGUUGGACAAAUUUGCACGUUUGAUUGCCGAUCAAUGCCCCGAAUCAUCGACCAAACAAGAUUUGCUAGCCUAUUUACAGCGUAUUGCUCUCUACUGCCACCAGUUGAACAUCACCUCCAAGGUUAAGGCUGAUGUACAAAACAUCAGUGGAGAGCUGAUUGUUUCUGGCUUGGACAGUGCUACAUCCCUCAUCCAGGCAGCUAAAAACCUCAUGAACGCUGUUGUCUUGACAGUUAAAGCUUCUUAUGUGGCUUCUACUAAAUAUACCAGCCGUCAGACGACUGUAGUAUCGCCUAUCGUCGUUUGGAAGAUGAAGGCGCCCGAGAAGAAGCCAUUAGUUCGCCGCGAGAAGCCCGAGGAGGUUAGGGCCAAAGUUCGUCGCGCAUCCCAGAAAAAGCACAUCGCUCCUAUUAAAGUCCUUAGCGAAUUCCAAAGUCCUGCCGAAAGUGUUUAGAAAAAAAAAAAAACUAAAAAUAGAUGCGCAGUUUAAAAACAAGGCUCAUUAAACGUCCAGUUCUCUUUGGUUAUUAGUGGUUCUCCGUCAAGAGCAUUUCCCCCCCAUAAAUCAGCAUUACCGACAACUUCCCAUUUUCAACUUUAACUCCGUUGGAUUUUCAUGUGGAAGACCGACUAGGUUUCGUCGGAUAUUUCAUUGACCGCUAAAGCUAAAAAUCGUAGUUGUAAUCUUUCGCCUUUGCUUUUUAAUUUUUCAUGGAAAAUGUAAGAUUACAAAUCUCUAGAUAGUCUCAUAACCAAAACUUCGAAAUCAUGGCUCAAUGCUUAUGAAAAAAAAAAAAAAAACCAAAGCUGGUACGGUCGUUUCCUUCUAUUCGUCUUCGCGCAUCUAUUUUUAUAUAUUUUUUCCCCCAUCCUUUGCGUAUAUCCUUAAUUGACUUUACGAGAACAAUUCCUGUAUUAUUAUUUCGGUUUUGGAAAACUGAUUGGAACAUCCUCUAAAUAGUUUAGUCCUCCUCCUCCAUAUUGUAAGCGGCCACCAUUCGAUUCACAGAGACUUAAUUAUAUCCAUUCCUUAGAAUUAAGCAACAAAACCUUGUGUGACAAUUCCCCCAAGCAACUGUUCAAUAUUUUAAUUCUAUUUUGAACGCUCCUUUAUUAUCGUCCCCUCCUCAACCUUGACAUCAUAUCAAUGAGAGAACUUUUUUCCAAGCCACUUUUUUCUCCGUUCGUGUUGUUUAACAUUGGUGUCCUAAUUUCAUACACGGUUAAAAGAAAA